CACAGAAAUGAUGACGUGCCGGCUGGGCUCUCGACGGCUGGGUGGCUCCCGGGGCUCGCUGCAGGCUGGCACGGCAUGCUCGGCCGCCAGCGAGCUGGACCUCUCCUCGCGCUCCAGACGCGCACAUAAAGCUAGAUUAAAAUUAUUGGGGGCGAGCGGGGAGGCGCCGCUCCUGAGUGGGUGGCGGAGUACCCCGCACACACCACAUGCGCCAGCGACGCCGGCGCCACAUCACUCACACAAUCACCUCGCACCGGGACAUUGCAAUGGAACUGACAGUGGCAGCAGAGGCGGGCUGCGGCGGCGGUCGACGUACGCGAGCGGGCGGCUGCGCGCGGGCCCGCACUGGUCCUUCGUGUUCGACCCCGCCGGCCGCCUGUGCUACUACUGGUCCAUGGUCGUCUCCUUAGCUUUCCUGUACAAUCUUUGGGUCAUAGUCUACAGGUUCGCUUUUCAGGAGAUAAAUGGCGAGACGCUAAUAGUGUGGUUUUGUUUGGACUACUUUUCUGAUUUCCUUUACCUGGCGGACAUAUUGUUUCACUUCCGAACGGGCUACCUGGAGGACGGGGUGCUCCAGACAGACGCGGCCAAGCUGCGAGCGCACUACAUGAACUCGACCACGUUCUACAUAGACUGUCUGUGCCUACUGCCGCUCGACUUCCUCUACCUCUCCAUCGGGUUCAACUCUAUACUGCGCUCGUUCCGCCUCGUCAAGAUAUAUCGCUUCUGGGCGUUUAUGGACCGUACGGAGCGGCAUACGAACUAUCCAAAUUUGUUUAGAUCGACCAGUUUAAUUCAUUAUUUAUUAGUGAUAUUCCAUUGGAACGGGUGCUUGUACCAUAUAAUAUAUAAAAACAAUGGGUUCGGUAGUAAAAACUGGGUGUAUCAUGACACUGAGACUGCAGAUGUGGUGAAACAAUAUUUACAAAGUUAUUACUGGUGCACGCUAGCGCUCACGACGAUAGGUGACUUGCCUCGACCACGCAGUAAAGGAGAGUAUGUGUUCGUGAUCGCGCAGCUGUUAUUCGGGCUGAUGCUGUUCGCGACCGUGCUGGGCCACGUCGCUAACAUCGUCACCUCAGUCAGCACCGCCAGGAAGGAGUUUCAAGCGAAACUGGAUGGUGUGAAGACAUACAUGCGCAUGCGCCGGGUGCCGACACACUUACAGGUGAAGGUGAUCAAGUGGUUUGACUACUUGUGGCUCACACAGAAGUGCUCCGACGAAGAGAAGGCCGUCUCCUGUCUGCCUGACAAGCUGAAGGCAGAAAUAGCUAUCAAUGUACACUUAGAUACACUAAAGAGGGUGGAAAUAUUUCAAAACACGGAGGCAGGAUUUUUGUGUGAGCUAGUCUUAAGACUUCGACCUGUGCUGUUCUCGCCAGGUGACUACAUCUGCAGGAAAGGCGAAGUCGGGAAGGAGAUGUACAUAGUGAACCGAGGGAAACUCCAGGUGGUAGGCGACAACGGGAAGACCGUUCUCGCAACACUCAAGGCUGGUUCUUAUUUUGGCGAAAUUUCCAUUCUGAACAUGGGCACGGCAGAAGAAAUAUUGUUGUGUGGCAACCGCCGGACAGCAUCGGUGCGAUCUGUGGGUUACUCGGAUCUCUUCGUGCUCAGCAAGAAGGACAUGUGGGACGUGCUCAAGGAGUAUCCAGCCGCCAGGGUGCGGCUCGAGGCGAUCGCUGUCAAGAGACUUGAGAAAUAUAAGAAAGCACCCUUAGAAAAAGUGGCCAUGGGUCGUUGCCAGUCGACGCCCGGACUGGUGGAGACGAGCGGGCGCGUGCCCAUAGAGGACAUGAACCUGCCGCCUGCGCCAGUGCUGCCACCUAUACACCCUUCACACCCGCCUUCUUACCGGGACCAGCUUUAUAGUUCGUCAGUAAGUCCGUUGCGCGUGGCGUCGCCGGUGGCGUCGUGCGCGUCGAGCGCGCGCAGCAGUGGAGCGGGCGGCGGCAGCGUGGCGGCCGCGCCGCGCGUCAUGCUCGACUCGCACGACGCGCUCGAGUGCGAGAUCAAGCGGCUGCGCGAGCGACUCUACACCGUCGAGACUGAGAACGCCGCCAUGUCUGCCAAGCUCAGCCAGCAGCAGUGGGAGGCUGCAAGAAAUAGAGAUGCAGAUUUGCGGCGGCAGCUCGGUGAGCUCGCUGGAGGAGAACGAGCGCAACCGCGAGAGCAUCAUUUAACGGCGCGCCUCGCCCGAGCGCGCCCGCCUGCUGCCCAUGCAGACGUUGCAUCUCGCCGCCGUAUACUGAACCAAUGACCAAAUGUUUAUACUCCCCGCUCCCCCCCAACCCCAACCCCUGUCCCGCCUCCCCCUGUGAACUUGUGAACUUCGAAAGUACAAUGAAUUAGUGUUUUUAUGAGUAAAUAUUAUUACGGAAUAUUUAAAUACGAAUUAACUUUAUCAAAUUUAUAUAUACGUAGUAUAUACGACUCGCUAUAUUUGACGAGUAUCGUGGAGUGAGAUUUUGCCGAGACAAUAUUAUCUUAAAUACGUUAUGGUUUAGGUGUCGAAGUGUAAGAGUGCGUGCAGUGCGCGGAGUGUGCCGGUCACGUUGUACUUGUCUGUCGUUCAUGUCCAACAUGGUGGUCCUGUCUGUUCCCGCAAUGCUGUCUAGUACUGCCGAAUGUUUUCCUGUAGAGAUGGAAGUAUGUGUACAAUGUUAUUGUGUAUCGUAUAAUCAAUAACUGAUACUGUGUGCCAAAAUAAGGCCAAAGUGAAUGUGCUAUGGAUAAGGUUUUUGUGUUAACUCAUAAAUAGAAAAUGUAAUGGAUAUAUUCUUAUCCAUUAAAUUUGAGCUUUAAUUAUUAUAAAAAUCCCGGAAGACUAAUCAUUGACCCAUUUUAAGUGUUAUGUUCCAAUUAACCUGAUCUUUGAUAUAUCGUAACAGUCUAGGGAAUAGUUGAGUCGUCACCAGAUUUGGUAUAACGUAUGUAUAUCGCGGAAUCAUAAUAUUACAUUCUGAAGCAGUUUUGUCAGUUUUAAGAACCUAAAACGACCAUAGUAUGUUGUAAUUUGUUGUAUAAAAUGGAUUUAAUACGUCUAUGAAGUAAGUAGCUUGUAACUGGUAAUGACAUCAGUUUGGUAAUGUAAGGUCAAUACUGCCAAAUAACGUGUAAGUAGAUACAACGUUUUAAUGUAUCAUAUUGACAAUCGACUAACAAUGUUUUGUACUUGUAUUCUUUCGAUUACUGUACCUGUUGGGUUACGACGUAGUUGUGUAACCGCGUCGAUGCGGCCACAUAACUGAAUUUUAUUGUAAAGCUUUUAUAAACAUUAGUUUCAGUAUUACUUUAAGUAUUAUGUUCCGAAAUAGACCAGUACACAUUAUAAAGUGGUACCAAAAUAUGAGAACAAAGUAACGUAACUCAGCUCUAAGCGAAUUGUAAAUAGUUAUUGUAAUAUCUAUGAUACGUGUUUGUAAGCUGUUUUCAUUGACGACCGUUUGUUUUGGAAGCAAAGUUACCCGAUGUGUAUUGAGUAAGGGAAGGAGGGCGUCGUGUAGGCUGCUCGUUUGUGUUCACUCCGUGCCCAGUGCCCAGGUUCAGUUCGUGCGUCGAUCACUUAUACUUAGUUACCGUCGUACUGUUUAUUUCCUAAACGCCCGAAGAAUAUAAUAGAUAGGCGAUAAAAUUUUUAAAACUGUAAAUAAAAUAUUUAUUUAUUGUUAUUAUAUUCCAUAAAUUUUCUUCUUACAUAUUUCUCGAUUAUAAAAUGGUAAGAGAGAUGCAUUAUGCAAUUGAAUACUUAUAUUUAACGAAAAACGAAAGUGCUUUUUAUCAUAAUGACUAGUAGGUUUAUGCGUGUCGCCGGACAGCGGACAGCCGGCCGGGCCACGCGACACCGCGGACCGAUUCCUUUUGUAAUAAUUAUUAUAAGUGCUAAUUCUUUACCUUCACACGAAGCAGACAUGUUCUAAUGCGAUGAUCGUAUUAUUUGGACGGAACUUGAAACGCGGUUCAGUAGUUGUGCAGUAACCAGGCUUGUGCAUCUUAAAUUGGAAAUUCAAUUAUGUAUCGCACAUGAUUCAUUUUAUUGUUAUUAAAAAGAUUAUGAUAAUAAA